AUGUAUCUCACAUCUUCCUCUCAUACCGCGAGUCUGAACCCUACUUCAUCGUCACCCAUUCAUUCUCUGGCCUCGCUUCCCACAGCCAUUUGCCCACCACAAAAUUCUACAAGUAAGGAUGAUAAUACCUGCGGUACUACCGACAUCGACGAGCCCUGGCGAGCUUCUGUACCAAUCACCGCUCUCGUUGUUUUAGUUGUAUCGGGAAUCUUAAGUUUUGUAUACGUUAUCGUUUUUCGGUAUAAAGUAUAUAAACUUCAAAAGAACGUUUCUCGUUUGAGGUUUGAGAAGCUGGAUGAUCGCAUGGAACAACUGAGGAAUCAUGAGUGUGAUAUUAGAACGACGCUCUUCGAGGACUAUUUUCAACAAGAUGCAUCAGAACUAGUGCAAAUACGGGAUCUUCAAAACACAACCAUUGUUUCUGAAAGAGGAGCUACGAAUCAAUUUGCGGAGGGUUUCGAGGCGGCCAAAAGAGAAGCUUAUGAGAUAUCACGACGGGGAUUUUCUAAGAGAUAUGGAGUAGAGCCGUCUCAGAUCAAGAGAAAGAGACAUGGGGAGUUCGGUCCAGUUUCGAAGUAUAGUUAA